GUACGACCACGAGGGCACCGGCCAGGCGAAGGUGGAGAGGGUGCCCGACCUCGUGGUCUCCCUGGGCAGGGACAUCGGGCUCGGCCGCCGGGUCGCGGAGCAGCUCAGCGGCGAUGGGGGCGUGGACCUCGUCUCCUUCGAGGCCGUCGUGCAGCAGCUGAGGAGGGUCGAGGAGGAAGCGAUGGACGGGACGACGGAGAGCAGGAGGAGGAGUCCACGACGCCCCUCACGCUGCUGAAGCGGCUGCACGCCUACCGGAAGAAGUGCGAGGCCAACGGCGAGUACGUGGAGGCGCAGCGGGCGAGGCGCAAGUACGAGGAGCUCCGCGCGAAGGAGGAGGAGCGCCAGCGGAGGCUCGUGGACCAGGCGCAGCAGCACGAGAUGAACGAGGUGGAGCAGGCCCAGAAGCAGCAGUUCCUCGGCUUCUCCGCGGCCUGGGACAAGUACAUGGCGGACUACGAGUCCACGGCGUACAUGAGCCUGGAGAGGCUGAAGGAGCAGCACGGGAAGGAGUUCGCCGCUUUCCAGGAGAAGCUGCGGUCCCAGAUCCCAAAGUCCAAGGCCUCCCGGGAGCUGCUCGAGCUGCGCAGGAAGCAGGAGGCGCUGGCCAAGAUGGGCAAGUACGAGGAGGCCUUCAAGAUCAAGGAGGACGCCGAUCAGCUCGAGGAGUGGGAGCUGGCGCGGCAGGCGUCGCAGGUGGGCGAGAGUGCCCGGCGCCAGGAGCAGCGCCUCCGCCAGCAGCAGUCCAAGGCCCUCGCGGCGCUCCUGAAGCGCAUCCAGCGGGACCGCGGCGAGCAGAUCCGGCACCGGCAGAUGGACUCCCAGCGGCUGAUCCAGAGGAACAAGAACCUCAAGGUGGACCUGGCGAAGAAGCAGCACCUGGAGUUCCAGCGCGCGGAGGCGGCCAUCAAGUCGAUCAUGGCGCAGCCGGAGCACGCCCAGAAGCUGCUGGACGAGAACGACCCGGCCUUCGUCGCACGGAGCGCCGCGAUGGGCGAGCUCCCCGCCCUGGGGAAGAUCAAGUGGCGCGGCCCGUGCCUCCCAGAGAACUACAGGCCGCCCGGCGGCAUCUCCAAGGGCAACUUCAAGGGCACGGGAGCCGUGCAGACCGUCGCGAUCGCCCAGAUGAGCGCCAGCGGGAACGACAACUUCGCCUGACGGCCUGCGUUCUCGCAUGUGUACUGGCGCCGCUGCCCCUGACCUGCCGGCGCUCGCGCCCGCCGCCUGUGACGUCUGCUGGUAUCACUGUCUCUCUGUGGGGCGUCCCUCCCUGACGUUCCCCCUCACCUCUGGCGGGGCGCGCCAGCUGGCGAGCGCUGGAGGCGGCGAACACCGCCGCAGCCAGCCGCGCGCAGCGCGGGGAGUUUCCCUCGGGACUCCUUUCCCGUGGUGCCGGAGGUCCCUCGUCACCAGCGCUAGCGGCGCGCCCGCGACGGGCCUGAGACGUGGCCCGAGACCGCGGAACCAGAGAGAGAGCGAGAGCGAGGAAAA